GCCAAAUGUCUAGUUUAAAACGUCGCAGUGCCAGGUUUGCAAAAUUCAAUUCCAUGAUCAAAAUACAGGGAAACCUUUUGGUUCAACAGAGCUUUAAUCAAAAUGACUAGAAAGAACAUAUACAAUUGAUUGUUACAAGAACCCAUUUCCCUUUCUAUAGGUUCCAAAACAAUAAUACCCAUCGAGUUAACAUAUUGUGGCAGACUUUCAGAGGAUAAAAACGGAGAUUCAGUUUAAGAUUUAUUGACCCUGGUUCGCGCUUAGUUUUGUUUCUUUGCAGCCGCAGACAUUUGGGCGAUUCUCUGAAAAUACCUGCUGUUGAGUUGAAAAUCUACUUAAAUUGCAUUACAUUUGAACAAAAUGGCGUUCAAGGGACCCACUUAUGGCAUGAGUGCUGAGGUCAAAACCAAGAUCAUGCAUAAGUACAGUGUGGAGGUGGAGCGAAAUGUGAGGGAGUGGCUGCAGGCACAACUGGGCGUGGUCAUAGACGAGUACGAGUGGCCAUACGGGGGCAAUGGCAUCCAUCUGUACCUCAAAGACGGAACCAUACUCAGAUACAUGAUCAAUAGAUUCAACCCGGGAGCCAUUGCUGAGCCUAAGAAAAAAUACGUGGGCGAAUUUGCAAAGACGAAACAGCGUGAGAUGAUAGAAAUAGUGAUGCGGGAGGCAGGCAAACUAGGCGUGAAGAACCAGUCCAUGUUUGAUGUGAAUGACCUCUACGAACAGAGGAACAUGACCCAAGUGCUAGAAUUCAUCGUCGCGUUCGGGGGUGCCGUGCAAGCUCUGCCCAACUUCAGUGGGCCCACUUUGGGAGUGAAGCCAUCGGAGGAGAACAGGCGACACUUCACAGACGAGGAAAUCAAGUCUGCUAGGGACUCCCAGGUGUCCAUGCAGGCGGGAUCCAACAAGUUCGCAAGCAUGGCUGGAACCCGAGUUGGAAUGCCACGACACAUUGCGGAUGUGACAGGGGCCCCCGAGUAAAACAACUGUACCGAACCCUAGAAAACAAAAUAGGUUCCAUUUCUAAGAAAACGAACUAAACUGGAUGUCUGCGAUGCGCUGUCAAAUUACUUAUUCAUUAAAAUGUUUCCUUUCUAACCAGUUUCGAUGUAAUUUUAUUAUAUUCUGCUGAUGCCAAAAUUUACUUUCUGGAAUGCGAUUUUACUGAUUCAA